UUAGGGCGGGUAAUGGAGUAAAGCAACUGUGCAGUAAAACAAGGAGAAAAAAAGUUUUAUACUGAAACAAUUCGGAAUUGAUGCGUGGGAAGAACGUCAGCACCACAUUCAACACAUUUGGACACAGCACAGUGGACGGUUGAGACGUUAACGACAAACUUGCGGUGUCCAGUGUCCGAGUUUAAAGUGAAGUCAGAAGAAAGCACGGUGCAAGAGUUAGGGGAGAUGGACAAGAACGAUCCAAAACAAGAUGUAAUAAAAGAGCCGGAUAAAGACGAUAGUGAUGUUUUGACGCCCUCUGGUGAUAUGCAGUCGGAUUGCAGCGCUGUAGAGAUUGGGUGUGACGCUUCCAAACAGCCCUGCCAAGACAUUAACGUUUUGGAUGAGAAACUCCGACCUAUAGAACAACAACUUAAAUAUCUUCUGAACAAGGCCGAAGAGGUUCAGGCGCACUUAAUGCACAGCAGGUGCGACCACGUGCAGAAUGAGGGCUUUUCUUGUGCGGUGCCUGUGUUCCUGCGUUCCUGUCAGCCGUACUUCAGCUACCUGGAGUCCACCGCCCGAAGCUCUCAGUCCAAGCGCACCCCUCUACCCAUAUGUAUACGCUCACAGCUGUUAGACUUCUCUCAGCAGCUGUGUACUCGCCUGGAGCAGCUGGUCCUCACUUAUGCCCGUUACAACUUCCUGUCCCUGGUUGAGUCUGAGCCAGACAGUAUCUCCCACUUCUACAUAGGCUAUUGUCAGAUAGACAGAAUCAAACUCUCCAUAUUCCGGUACUGCCAGCCGACCCCCUACCUGGCAGGGGUUCAUACCGGCCUGUACAAACGCAUGCGCUGGAACGUAGUGAGGCCCUGCAAGGGGAAGGAGGGAGAGAGAAGAGGAGGAGAGGCCAAAGGAGAGAGAGACACAGGAAAGACAGAUGGAGACUCGGAGCGAGAGACCGCAUCAGUAAAAGAGUCAGCCGUCACAACAGAGUACUACUUCCUGUGUUACGAGGACAUCCCCAAGGAGCACACAGUGGGACGCAGCGAGGGAGAGGAGGAGCCUGUUGCCACUGGCGAUGUAGUUAGGAUGUGGUCCAUUGGCUAUUGGAUCCCAACCCACCCUGACCCAGAUGAUAUCUAUGACUGGAUCCUGUGCCGUGUUCCUCAGGGCCAGUAUGGCAAGCUGCUGUGUCUGGGUGGGGAGGAGCCCUCUGCCUGCAGCGCCACAGACUGCCUGCUGGGGGUGCUGUUGUCACAGGAGAGGGUCAGUUUGGAGAAAGCUUCCCCCUCUGACCACACUGCUGCUGGAUCACAUGUUGGUAUGUGACCCGAUGGUUCACGUGGGACUGGGGG